UGGCGAUAAGCAGCGCUGCAUAGCGGACGAGGAUGCUCUGUUCUCCCCCGCAUACACUCUCCUGUCUCAUGCUUUCCACGAUCAACAUGGAAGGGCUUCAUUAAUGCCCCUGCCCCCAAGCUAAUGAAUUAUAACUCGCCGUUUGAGACUGGACUUGCGUUAAAGCACUGGACUUUCCCUACCGAGUGGAUAACGCUGAGGUAUCUGCCGAAUAAUAAGUCUUCAGAAAAGAGGCAAAUUAUGCCAGCAGCACCAGAGUCCCUCCCUCUGGUGACGUGCCAGCCCAUUGGUCAGACCGCCCUGUGCCCCUCAUUUAGCCCCGCCCUCUCUCCUGGCAGAUCCAUGCUGCUGGACACGCCCCACAGAGCCACGCCCACACCAUGAGUGCCAACGGGCCAGCCAACGCCCCUGCGGCCCCGGCUGCAACCCCAGUUGCCCCGCCGGUGCCCAGUCCGGUAGCCGCCCCUCCGGCUGCCCCGGUCCCAGUGCCGACUGUCCCGGUGGGCGCAUUGGCACAGAAGAAGCGGGCGCAGUACGCCAAAAGCAAGAAGCAGGGGAGCAACGCCAACACCAGGCCAGCCAGGGCCCUGUUCUGCCUCAAACUCAACAAUCCCAUACGAAGAGCCUGCAUCAGCCUGGUAGAGUGGAAGCCAUUUGAUAUCUUUAUAUUAAUAGCUAUUUUUGCCAACUGUAUGGCCUUAGCUGUGUACAUCCCCUUCCCUCAGGAUGACUCCAACUCCACCAACCAUGACCUGGAAACGGUAGAACAUGUCUUCCUCGUCAUUUUCACUAUCGAAACCUUUCUGAAGAUUAUCGCCUACGGUUUAGUGGCGCACCAGAACGCGUAUGUGAGAAACGGAUGGAACAUGCUGGAUUUUGUCAUCGUCGUUGUCGGGCUGUUCAGUGUUGUCCUGGAGCUUUUGACCAAAGACUCUGUUGAGACGAAGGAGGAAGCGGAGGCGGGUGCGGCUGCGGCGGCAGCUGCGGCGGCAGCGCUCCACCCCUCCGCCCAAGGCCACGGGGGAAAGUCGGGCGGCUUCGACGUCAAAGCCCUCCGAGCCUUCCGUGUGCUGCGACCCCUACGCCUGGUCUCAGGAGUGCCCAGUUUACAGGUUGUGUUGAACUCCAUUAUUAAAGCCAUGGUUCCUCUCCUCCACAUCGCCCUGCUGGUCCUGUUUGUCAUCAUCAUCUACGCCAUCAUCGGCCUUGAGCUCUUCAUUGGUAAAAUGCACGCUACCUGCUUCUUCCCCAGCACAGGCAUGAUAGCGGAGGACGAGCCGGCUCCAUGUGCGAUCUCAGGGCACGGGCGCCAGUGUCCCAUCAAUGGCACCGAGUGCAGGGAGGGCUGGCACGGCCCCAACGACGGCAUCACCAACUUUGACAACUUCCUGUUCGCCAUGCUGACCGUGUUCCAGUGUAUCACCAUGGAAGGCUGGACGGACGUGCUCUACUGGAUGAAUGAUGCUAUGGGUCUAGAGCUUCCAUGGGUCUACUUUGUAUCUCUGGUCAUCUUCGGCUCCUUCUUUGUUCUGAACCUGGUUCUGGGAGUGUUGAGCGGAGAGUUCUCCAAGGAGAGAGAGAAGGCCAAGGCUCGUGGAGACUUUCAGAAACUGAGAGAGAAGCAACAGCUGGAUGAGGACCUCAAGGGCUACCUGGACUGGAUAACUCAGGCCGAGGACAUCGAUCCAGAGAACGAGGACGAGGAGGGCUACGAGGAGGGCAAACGCAACCGGGUGACUCUGGCUGACCUCACAGAGAAGAAGAAAGGAAGCAGGUUUGGGUGGUUCAGCCAGUCCUCCGACACUCAUGUGAGUAUACCAGCCAGUGAGACGGAGUCGGUGAACACAGAGAACGUGGCCGAGGAUGAGGUGAAGACACCGUGCUGCGGACCUUUUUGUCAAAAAAUUUCAAAGUCAAAGUUCAGUCGGCGCUGGCGUCGCUGGAACAGGUUCUGCCGCAGAAAGUGCCGGGUGGCGGUGAAAUCGGUGCCUUUCUAUUGGCUGGUGAUCAUCCUGGUGUUUCUCAACACGCUCACCAUCUCCUCCGAGCACUACAACCAGCCUGACUGGCUCACACAAGUACAGGACGUGGCAAACAAGGUUCUGCUGGGCAUGUUUACGUGUGAGAUGAUGACCAAGAUGUACAGUCUGGGCCUGCAGGCCUACUUUGUGUCCCUGUUCAACCGAUUUGACUGCUUCGUGGUGUGUGGAGGCAUCACCGAGACCAUCCUGGUGGAGCUGGCCAUCAUGUCUCCUCUGGGCAUCUCCGUGUUCCGCUGUGUCCGCUUGCUCAGGAUCUUCAAGGUCACACGUCACUGGCAGUCUCUCAGUAACUUGGUGGCGUCGCUGCUCAACUCCAUGAAGUCCAUCGCCUCGCUGCUGCUCCUGCUCUUCCUCUUCAUCAUCAUCUUCUCCCUGCUGGGCAUGCAGGUGUUCGGGGGCAAGUUCAACUUUGACGAGACACAGACCAAGAGGAGCACCUUCGAUAACUUUCCCCAGGCACUGCUCACUGUGUUUCAGAUCCUGACAGGUGAAGACUGGAACGCUGUGAUGUAUGACGGCAUCAUGGCGUACGGCGGCCCUUCUUCCUCGGGGAUGAUCGUCUCCUUCUACUUCAUUAUCCUCUUCAUCUGCGGAAACUACAUCCUGCUGAACGUCUUCUUGGCUAUCGCUGUGGACAACCUGGCAGACGCAGAGUCUCUCAACGCUCCAGGAGACAAAAAGGACGAGAAAAAGGAAGAGGCACCAGUGGAGGAGGAAGAGGAGAAUGCUGCAGCAGAGGAGGAGGAGGAGCCAGAGGUUCCAGCAGGGCCACGCCCAGCCAUCUCUGAGCUGGUCAAGAAGGAGAAGAUCACCCCCAUCCCUGACGGCAGCGCUUUCUUCAUCUUCAGCAAGACCAACCCGAUCCGGGUGGGAUGUCAUAGACUCAUCAACCACCACAUCUUCACCAAUCUCAUCCUGGUCUUCAUCAUGCUCAGCUCUGUCUCCCUCGCUGCAGAAGACCCCAUACGCAACUUCUCCGCACGCAACAUCGUCCUAGGCUAUGCAGAUUAUGUCUUCACUAGCAUGUUUACAUUUGAGAUCAUGUUGAAGAUGACCACAUACGGAGCGUUCCUCCAUAAAGGGGCGUUCUGUCGGAACACCUUCAACCUGCUGGAUCUGCUGGUGGUGGGGGUCUCCCUGGUCUCCUUCUGCAUCCAGUCCUCCGCCAUCUCUGUGGUGAAGAUUCUGAGAGUCCUGCGAGUGCUCAGGCCCCUGAGGGCCAUCAACCGAGCCAAGGGCCUCAAGCACGUGGUCCAGUGUGUGUUCGUGGCCAUCAGGACCAUCGGUAACAUCAUGAUCGUCACCACGCUGCUGCAGUUCAUGUUCGCCUGCAUAGGGGUGCAGCUCUUCAAGGGGAAGUUUUACCGCUGCACGGACGAAGCCAAGUCUGGCCCCGACGAUUGCAAGGGCACCUACAUCCUUUAUAAGGACGGGGACGUGAACCAGCCGUUCGUCCAUAAGAGAGUGUGGCACAACAGCGAGUUCAACUUUGACAACGUGCUCAUGGCCAUGAUGGCUCUGUUCACGGUGUCUACCUUCGAGGGCUGGCCUUCGUUGCUCUACAAGGCCAUAGACUCGAACAGGGAGAACCUGGGUCCCAUCUACAACUACCGCAUCGAGAUCUCCAUCUUCUUCAUCAUCUACAUCAUCAUCAUCGCCUUCUUCAUGAUGAACAUCUUUGUGGGUUUCGUCAUCGUCACAUUCCAGGAGCAGGGAGAGAAAGAGUACAAGAACUGUGAGCUGGAUAAGAACCAGCGUCAGUGUGUGGAGUAUGCCCUGAAGGCCCAUCCGUUGAGGAGGUACAUCCCUAAGAACCCCUACCAGUAUAAGUUCUGGUACGUGGUCAACUCCACCGGGUUUGAGUACAUCAUGUUCGUCCUCAUCAUGCUCAACACACUCUGCCUGGCUGUGCAGCACUAUGGCCAGUCUGCGACAUUUAACUAUGUGAUGGACAUCCUCAACAUGGUCUUCACUGCUGUUUUCACUGCGGAGAUGGUGCUCAAACUCAUCGCCUUCAAACCCAGGCACUAUUUCACUGAUGCGUGGAACACGUUUGAUGCCUUAAUUGUAGUUGGUAGCGUCGUUGAUAUUGCUAUCACUGAAGUGAACCCAACGGAGGCUCCUCAGGUGGAUGAGUCGGGGAACACGGAGGACAACGCUCGCAUCUCCAUCACCUUCUUCCGCCUCUUCCGAGUCAUGCGAUUGGUCAAACUGCUGAGCAGAGGGGAGGGGAUCCGCACCCUCCUGUGGACCUUCAUCAAGUCUUUCCAGGCUCUGCCAUAUGUUGCCCUUCUGAUCGCCAUGCUCUUCUUCAUCUAUGCUGUCAUUGGCAUGCAGGUGUUUGGGAAGAUAGCCAUGGUGGACGGCACCCACAUCAACCGGAACAACAACUUCCAGACCUUCCCUCAGGCCGUGUUGCUGCUCUUCAGGUGUGCCACGGGUGAGGCGUGGCAGGAGAUCAUGUUGGCGUGUAUUUCGGGAAAGCUGUGUGACCCAGAGUCGGACUACAACCCUGGGGAGGAGAUGACCUGUGGCGCCAGCUUCGCCUACAUCUACUUCAUCAGCUUCUACAUGCUCUGUGCCUUCCUGAUCAUCAAUUUGUUUGUGGCGGUCAUCAUGGACAACUUUGACUACCUUACUCGCGAUUGGUCCAUCCUGGGUCCUCACCACUUGGACGAGUUCAAGAGGAUCUGGUCUGAGUACGACCCAGAGGCCAAGGGCAGGAUUAAACAUCUGGACGUGGUCACUCUGCUCCGACGCAUCCAGCCUCCCCUGGGCUUCGGCAAACUCUGCCCUCAUAGAGUGGCCUGCAAGAGACUGGUGGCCAUGAACAUGCCUCUAAACAGCGACGGCACCGUCAUGUUCAAUGCGACGCUGUUUGCGUUAGUACGCACCGCCCUGAAGAUCAAAACAGACGGUAAUCUGGAGCAGGCCAACGAGGAGCUGAGAGCCGUCAUCAAGAAGAUCUGGAAGAGGACCAGCAUGAAACUGCUGGAUCAAGUGGUGCCCCCUGCUGGUGAUGAUGAGGUAACCGUGGGGAAGUUCUAUGCCACCUUCCUGAUACAGGACUACUUUAGGAAAUUCAAGAAACGUAAAGAGGAGGGCCUGGUGGGGGUGCACGCCUCCCAGAGCAACACAGCCAUCGCUCUACAGGCUGGCCUUCGCACGCUACAUGAUAUUGGGCCCGAAAUUCGACGAGCGAUAUCAUGUGACCUGCAAGAUGAGGAGCUAGUAGACUUUAUUCCAGAGGAGGACGAGGAGAUUUAUAGGCGCAAUGGUGGCCUGUUCGGUAACCACAUCAACCAUGUGAACGGGGACCACCACCGGCGCUCGUCAGGGCAACAGACCAACACCACCCAGAGGCCCCUGCAGGUGCAGCCACCUCCGCACUAUGCCCACAUGGAGCAGCCGGUGGGGCGUCUCUGCCGGGCCAACGUCAUGUCCCACCAGCACCCCAAUCAGCACCACCACCACCACAACUCCUCAUACGGCAAGUCGCCCAAGUCCACCAACGUCAACCUGAACAACGCCAACGUGUCCAGUCUGCCCAACGGAGGAGGACACCACCACUGUUACUAUGAGUACACUCCGCCCCCCGCCAACGGUUACCCGGGACACUGCGGUGGCCUCUACUACACCGACUUCGACAAGCCGCCACCUCGCGGCACGCCGCAGGGACAAAGGCGCUACUAUGAGACCUAUGUUAGGUCCCACCGGGGAGAUGCCCGCCUUCCCACCAUCCGACGGGAGGAGUUUGAUGAUGACAGGUACUCGGGAGAGUACUACAGCGGGGAGGAGUUCUAUGAGGAUGACAGCAUGUUGUCAGGAGACAGGAGGUCCUAUAUGGAACACGUGGACAGGUACCAGAACAGUGACACGGAGUACGAGACGCCGAGAGGCUACCAUCACCCCAACAGUUACUACAACGACGAUGAGCAACCCCUCUACCAAGACGGAAGGAGGUCGCCUAAGAGACGGAUGCUUCCUGCCACACCCCAAGGUCACAGGAGGCCCUCCUUCAACUUUGAGUGUCUGAGAAGGCAAGGCAGUCAGGACGAGCUGCCACACCAACGCACUGCUCUACCACUGCACCUAAUGCAGCACCAGGUGAUGGCUGUAGCAGGGCUGGACUCCAGCAGAGCCCACCAUCUCUCCCCCUCCCGCUCCACCCGCUCCUGGACCACUCCCCCUGCCACUCCGUCCAGUAAGGAGCAGUCGCCCUACUACACGCCCCUCAUCCGGGUGGAUCACCCCGGACACAGAGUGUCUGAAUCUCCUCUUCUCUUCGGGGAGAAUGCCGUCAGCAGUCAGGUGCCUCUGAGGAAGAGCUCUUGGUACACAGAUGACCCAGAGUACUCCCAGGGGAUCUAUUCCCCCGCCCACCUCCAGGUGGCCCCGGAGUACCACCAGCAGCGCAAUCAGAAGAGCGCCACCAGCUUGGUGGAGGCGGUGUUGAUAUCAGAGGGUCUCGGGAGAUACGCCAUGGAUCCAAAGUUUGUGGCCGCCACCAAGCACGAGAUAGCGGACGCGUGCGAGAUGACCAUCGACGAGAUGGAGAGCGCGGCCAGCCACUUGCUGAGCGCUGGCGUGGCGCCGGCGGUUAACGGGGUCCACGUGUACCCCGUCAUGAGCGAGCGGGACUACGACCUCCAAGACGCCACAGCCAGUUAUAGUGAUGAGGAGCCGGAGGUGGAGCUUAGAGUGGUGUACGAGGAGGACCUGGCAGACGAGAUGAUCUGCAUCACCACUUUAUAGCAUCGGCUGGAGAAUAAACGACUAGAAGUGAACUGCUAGCUGUAUGUACUCUACUUAAUAUAGACUACAGCACCGACAGUGGAAAACCCAAUGAGAAAUGCAUCUAUUGGCUUACGACCAAAAGAAGUGCCUUUUACAUGGAAGAGAAAGGAACCUAUGAGGAGAGAGAGAGAGAGAGAGAGGCACACUGGCUCCGCCCACUUAUCCUGUAACUCGCCCUCUGCCAGCCAGGGCAUUCACGUCAACGUCUGUCAAUCACAGGGCCAGGAACCAAUCCUGGUGCCAGGAAACUAUGCUAGUUCCGCCCUCCCGGACCGGCACUACUGGCACAUGGUGGACCAUGCCCGUAGGUCAUAGGUUACAGUCUGGAAGUGACACAGGCUCAUCAACGAGCCAGUCGCAGAUGAGAACAUGGAGUGUCAGCGGAGGAGGUGGACCUAUUGGCAGAGGGCGUGAGGUACCGGGCCGGGUCAUUAAGGGUGUUGACAAUCAGAUGAAAGAUGUCAUUCCCUCUGUCACUUUAUUAAGGUUUUGGCAUAUCAUGCAAGUUUUCAAUGCAAGCAUAGAAAGGCAUAUCUCCCCCACCUAACCCCCCCUCCCCCUAGCUGUUUUAGUUUAAGAUUAACCAGUUUAAGUAUGCAGGAAAUAUCAGUCACAUUUAUAGCAUCAUCAAACCAGAAUUAUUCACUGAGUGGUUCAAGCCCUGAAUGCUGAUUGGCUGACAGUAUUGGUAUAUCAGACCGUAUGCCACAGGUAUGACGAAAUAUGUAUUUUUGCUGCUCUAAUUACGUUGGUAACCAGUUUAUAAUAGCAAUAAGGCACCUCGGGGUUUGUGGUAUAUGGCCAAUAUACCACGGCUAAGGGCGGUAUCCAGGCGUUGAAUCGUGCGUAAGAACAGCCCUUAGCCGUGGUAUAUUGGAAAUAUACCACACCCCCUCGUGCCUUAUUGCUUAAAUAUACACUUCUGAGGUGACUACUAGCAUUUGGGAUAAAUGCACUAGCAGGCAGGUUGUUUUUAGUCUUAGAAUAGCCUGAGAAUUAAUAUUUCAGAGUAGAUACACUGUAAAUGAAUUGUAUUAUAUUAACAAACAAAAAAAACUUUGUAAAGAGAUGUUCUAUAUUUUGUAAUGAUGUACCAUUUCAAAAGGUCAGCAAUACACUCCGUAAUGAGUCCUAUUAUGCUACCAGGAAAGACGUUCGCUGGUGUUAUUAUUUUAUUAGGUACAAUAUUCUGAGAUGAAUUGGUCCUUUUCUUUGUUGUUGCUCAUAUGCCUUGGCUUGUCUGUGAAAGCGUUGGGUUCUUGGUGUAACAACACAGCUGCACAAGAUAUGCAAAUGUUUUUUGUGUUUUGUUUUUUUAACUUGUUUUAUGAGCGAGGAUAAGAACACGUUGUGCGCCCCUCCAACCACACCCAGUACCACAACGUUAAGUCCCCCUUUUUUACUAAGGGCAUCUUUGUUGGACUUGAAGUUAGCUAGGCUUCAAGGAGGCUACUCCACCUUAAUAAAGAUGUGAUGAUAAACAUUUGUGUUUGCAUAUGUUGUGCAGGGCAGGUGCACAGCACGGGAAGGUCAAAUGCUUUAGUGCAUUGACAACGCUGCUUCACUCAUUUUGAGAUUCAUUCUACAACUUCAUUCAUCUCAUCUAUAUCCCAACUGAAAUGCCUUCUGCUGCUGAUAGAAAACGGGAUGAUCGAAGAAGUGAGAUGAACGGGAAUCUCUGUCGUUCCUCAAUGCUUGUGUUGGGAUUAUUCCUCAAUAUAUGAUUCAUGUCAGUUAAUUCCACCGAACCCUUUCGAACGGAAUCAUCCUAAUCACUUGGUCUUCAUGUUGCUGUGUGAGGCUUGUGACAGACUGAGCCUGUGUGAGCCAGGAUAGACCGGAUUGGCAUGGUAGCUGACUGGUGAGGCACGUAAUUCAUCAGGGGUGUUCACAGGACAGAUGAGACGUUAAUGAGGCAUCAUGGUCUAGGUGGGUCCACAGUCUCUGCCAUUGUUCUCUUUUUUUUCUGUUGUGUUGUCGUGUCUUAUUGGGUUUAAGCUGAGAGAGAGGCUAAGCAAUACUAAACCCCACUCUUCUCGGUGUCUCUCUCUCCGGCUUCUCUCUGCAUACGCUAUACCACGUGGUGGUCCAGCACCGUCUGGGGAAAACAUAUCAGCCUCCCUCUCAAUCAACCAGUCUCUUUCCCACAGCGAGCUUCUCCUUCCGAUGAGAAGGGAGCGUUUGUACUGCGGCUCGUUUUUACCAGAAAACUCCACUCUUGUGGCUCUUGACGAAAGUUGAAAAUUGAUGGACCACAAAAUGACUUUACGCAAACAGACAAAAAUAUAGACGACAAAGGAUCAAGCUUUUUUCCCCAGGCGCUGCCCAGGAGAUUUUGAAUAAGCUCAGACGAUGGGUAGGUGAGGAGACGUGUGAUCUGUAGUUCAUGAGGGUUUGAUUUGUAGUUCACGAGUUCGCAAUGCGUUCUCAGUCAACCGAAUACUGUCAUGAAAAUGUAGGUUUUCCACUUUGCGUGCACAUUGAAAGGGCUCUUUGAAUCGUUUGUGAGUUAAAAAAAAAAAGUGUUCUGGUCUUUUUGUUGAUAACUAUCUUGUGAAAGGACCAAUGCGAAUUCCAGGCACAUUGUACUAUUCGUAGCAAUUACUGAACUGAAAAUAUGCAUUGUUUUUUAAACACUUGUGUUAAGCAAAAGAUAAAACCAAUUUACUUUUACAUCAUGUCAGGGAUUCCUGAAAAAAGAAAAGAGAAAAUGAGUUGGUUCUAUACCAAUGGUAUUUAAAUAUUAGCACAUAGCUGUUUGUCUUUGCACAAGUAACUGUAUAGUACCAAUGUUUCUCAUUUUUCUAUACAAAUGUUUGUGUAUUAAGGUGAGACAAUUUUGUACUUUUUUGUGACUGUGUGUAUGGUUUAGUGAAAUCUAUAUUUGUCAUUUACACCUCACCUUACAUUGCUGGGACAGAAAUAUGAAAGAACCAAUGAAAUAAAACAUUUUCAAGGUGCACUGUUCCUCUGUUUGCGGGUUAAAAAUGGUCAUAUACCUGUGGUAAUAUACCAGUUUACAGAGAAAGACUUGUUGCAUCGUUUUCAUUCUAUUAUUAUAAUUAUUAUGAUUACUAUUACUACUAUUACUGUUAUUAAAUAUGUAAUAAAACAAAUGUAUGGAAAGACCCGUGGCAAUGUUCUCUACUUGAAAGUCCCCAAAAAUUUGCUCUGUGAUGUUUUAUUCAGUAAACAUGAUUUCUCUUAGUAGCAAAUGUGUUAUUUUGACAUUCUAGGUUUUGUAUUAACACAUUUUGUUGUUGUAUUUUCCCAUUUUAUUUUGGCCUUGAAUUCAUUUGAAUCGAUAAUAUUUUAUUUUCUAAUGAUUAUUACUGAAUAAACUUACACUGAAAUUC